AUGUUAUUUCUUAGCAAAGAGUCACAGAGGUUUGAGACUACUAAUGAAAAGCCUUUUAACCUCAGGGAUACCAUUUGCUACUUGUUUCUGAAGGUGACAGACUUUCAGAUUGUGGAGAAUGAAAAGUUGCUGGUGAAGGAGGUAGAAGGGAAACAAGGAGAGUCUGGUGUCACAGAAGCUGAACGGAGAAGUGCAUCUCAGGACAGAGGUAGUGAUCAAGAGAUACUGCUAAGCAGCCAGGUCUUAGAAAAAUACCCCAAUACACCCAUGAGUCAUAAAGAAAUUCUUCAAGUUAUCCAGAGAGAAGGACUAAAAGAAAUCAGAAGUGGGACUUCCCCUCUUGCAUGCCUGAACGCAAUGCUGCACACAAACUCCCGAGGUGAAGAGGGCAUCUUCUAUAAGGUUCCAGGCAGAAUGGGAGUAUAUACUUUGAAGAAAGAUGUGCCGGAUGGGGUGAAAGAGCUAUCGGAAGGUUCAGAAGAAAGCAGUGAUGGUCAGUCAGAUUCCCAGAGUUCUGAGAACAGCAGCAGCAGCAGUGAUGGCAGCAACAAGGAGGGGAAAAAGAACAGGUGGAAAAGGAAAGUAUCAUCUAGACUGUCACAGCCAUCCUCUCCCCAGUCAGGUUGCCCAUCACCCACAAUUCCAGCAGGUAAAGUCAUAUCUCCAUCACAGAAGCACAGCAAGAAGGCACUAAAGCAGGCUCUGAAGCAGCAGCAGCAGCGGAAGCAGCAGCAGCAAUGCCGGCCAAGUAUGGCCCUCUCCUCCAGUCAGCAUCUCUCUCUGAAGGCUGUCAAAGCUGCCAGUGACUCUGUGACUGCCAAAUCUGCAGUAUGGGAAGGAAAGCAAUCAGAUGGACAGUCAAGCAGCUCCCAGAACUCAAACUCUAGCUUUUCUUCUUCAGUUAAAGUGGAAAACCCUUUGUUAGGCUUGGGGAAGAAGUCAUUCCAAAGGUCUGACAGACUCCACACAAGGCAAAUGAAAAGGACGAAAUGUGCUGAGAUUGAUGUUGAGACACCAGACUCCAUUCUGGUUAAUACAAAUCUUCGAGCACUGAUCAACAAACACACUUUUUCAGUCCUUCCUGGAGAUUGCCAACAGCGACUGCUUUUGCUUCUUCCAGAGGUGGAUCGACAGGUUGGUCCAGAUGGUCUGAUGAAGCUAAAUGGUUCAGCCCUUAACAAUGAGUUCUUCACUUCAGCAGCCCAAGGCUGGAAGGAAAGACUCUCAGAAGGUGAGUUUACACCUGAGAUGCAGGUGAGAAUUCGACAAGAAAUUGAGAAGGAGAAAAAAGUAGAGCCAUGGAAGGAGCAAUUCUUUGAAAGCUACUAUGGUCAGAGUUCUGGCCUGAGCCUAGAGGAUUCAAAGAAAUUGACAGCUUCACCCAGCGAUCCCAAAGUAAAGAGACCCUCAGCUGAGCAACCAAAAUCCAUGCUUCCUUCAGAGGCCUCUCCUGUCAGUAUAAUCCCUGUAAUUCCCCAGGUAGAAUCUAAAGAAGAAGUAGUGCAUAUGCCAUCACCAGUCAGAAAAGAAGAGCACGAAAGCCAAGAUAAGGUGCAGCCAAACCCUGAGUCCACAGAGCCCCUUCUUUCCUCUCCCAGCGAUACAAAUGAGCUUAGCAGCAUUCUUCCCAUCAAGUGCCCAAAGGAUGAAGAUGUCUCGGGGCAGAAGCCAGUUGCCUCUGCUGAACAGGAAUCUGAGAAAGAGAAUCAUCUCACUACAGCGUCUAAUUAUAACAAAAAUGAAAGCCAAGAAGCUUUAGUUAAGUCUCCAAGCAAACCCAAGAGUCCUGGAGUAGAGAAACCAAUAAUGAAGCCCAUAAUAGAAGCAGGUCCACAGGGGGCCACUAUGAAAGAGCCUUCAUCAACUCUGGUCGAUCACAGCCCAGAAAGCCUCAAGAGGAAAUCUCUCACCCAAGAAGAGGCCCCUACAAGCUGGGAGAAAAGGCCGCGUGUCACUGAGAAUCGCCAGCACCAGCAGCCAUUUCAAGUCUCUCCACAGCCCUUUCUUAAUAGAGGGGACAGGAUCCAAGUGCGAAAAGUACCACCUCUCAAGAUCCCGGUCUCCAGAAUCUCCCCCAUGCUGUUUCCUACAUCGCAGGUCUCUCCCAGGGCUCGUUUUCCAGUCUCCAUCACUAGUCCUAACAGAACAGGAGCCAGAACUCUUGCCGACAUCAAAGCAAAAGCCCAGCUGGUCAAAGCACAGAGGGCAGCAGCUGCCGCUGCCGCCGCAGCUGCUGCAGCCGCCUCAGUUGGAGGGACCAUUCCAGGACCUGGCCCAGGGGGUGGACAAGGCCCAGGAGAGGGUGGUGAAAGGAAAACCGCUAGAGGAGGGAAUCCGGACUCAGACAGAGUCAGAGAAACUGGAAAGGGCCCCACACUGGAACUGGCAGGAACUGGAAGCAGGGGAGGUCCGAGAGAGCUUUUACCCUGUGGUUCAGAGACUCAGCCCCAAUCUGAGACCAAGACCCCAGGCCAGCCACAGCCUCUUAGUGUCUCUGGAGCACAACUACAGCAAACCUCCUCAGUGCCUCCAACGUCUGCCAUCAGUGGAGCAUGCACAAGUGUCCCAUCACUAGCUCACACUGACCCACCCACACCAACUUUAGGGAAAUUGAAUAUUGAGAAACUGAAUGCCACCAGGGCAGCAGCCACAGUGGCCUCGCUUAGCCACCCACAAGGGCCCAGUCAUUGCAGGCAGGAGAAGUUACCUUCUGCUCCAGCGGGUCCUGCUCUAAUCUCAGACGCCACACCUGUUCAUUUUGCAGCUGAUGGCACAGUUGAGCCCAAAGCAGGUUGUAGUAAGAAUACACCAAACACUUCAGCCUCAGCAGAGACAACUGCCAGGGCUUCAGUGGAGAUGACUUCCUCCCCUUUAACAUCUUUAUUAAUAGCAGCCACUUUAGAAAAGCUUUCCAUACCCCAGGUUAGUGGAACUGUAGCACCUUCCGGACCAGUUCCAUCCUCAAGCACUUUGCCAGCAAUUUCUAGCCUUAAAACUCCAGGAACUUCUUCAAAUAUGAAUGGAUCCAUUUCACGGCCAAGCUCAAGUAUCCCUGCUAAUAAUCCUCUGGUCACUCAGCUGCUCCAGGGCAAAGAUGUUCCCAUGGAGCAGAUUCUGCCUAAACCACUCACCAAAGUUGAAAUGAAAACUGUUCCUCUGACUGCAAAAGAGGAAAUAGGGAUGGGAGCACCCACAGGCGCCAACAAAACAGAACAUAGCACCAGAGAGGAAGUUCAUGAGAGGCCUUCCCAUCCAGCUACACAGCAACUGGGUCAAACCUUGCAAAGUAAGCAUCUCUCCCAGGUUCCCAGGCCCCUUCAGCUCUUUUCAGGUAAGGAUCUGAGGGACUCCAGCAUUGACACACACCAAGAAGGACUAAGUAAAGCAACCCAAGAUCAGAUCCUUCAGACUCUCAUCCAGAGGGUUCAUAUCCAGAGGCAUAAUGUUCUCUCGUUUGUGCAGCCCUCCCAGUUCAACUUCACUCACUCAGGUUUCCAGGUAGAAGACAUCUCCACAAGCCAGCGGUUCAUGCUGGGCUUUGCUGGCAGAAGGACUUCGAAGCCUGCAAUGGCAGGUCACUACUUACUUAACAUUUCCACCUACGGCCGGGGUUCAGAGAGCUUUAGGAGGACCCAUUCUGUAAACCCUGAAGAUCGCUUUUGUCUAAGUAGUCCCACUGAAGCCUUGAAAAUGGGAUAUACAGACUGUAAAAAUGAAACGGGAGAUAAUAGCAGUGACAAAGAAGAUACUGAUGAGGAAAGUACUGCUGAUGAAGAAGAAUCGGCCAUGGUGAAGGAGGAGCCCCAGGCUUCCCAGAGUUCUGGCAAGUGUGAAGCAAGUUCAGGACCCCACAGUAGAGAAGCCCUAUCCACUGAUUGUUUAGCUAAAAAGAAUGUGAAGGUAGAGACACCAGUGCAAACCGCUUUAAAUAAGGAGAAUUAUCUGUUCACUAGAGGCCAAACAUUUGAUGAAAAGACCCUAGCCAGAGAUCUUAUUCAGGCAGCGCAGCAGCAGAUGGCUCAUGCAGUGAGAGGGAAGGCAAUGCAUAGCAGCCCUGAGGUUUUCAGUGCCACUGCUCUUCCUCCACCUGCAGACAGUCCCACUCAUCAGCCUCUCCUCCUUCCACCACUGCAAACCCCAAAGCUGUAUGGGAGCCCCACACAGAUUGGGCCCAGCUACAGAGGCAUGAUCAAUGUCUCCACCUCGUCUGACAUGGACCAUAACUCUGCUGUCCCGGGGAUGCCUGACUGUGGCCAGGUAUCUAGCAAUGUAGGUGAUGUCAUGUCCUUUUCAGUGACUGUCACUACCAUCCCUGCUAGCCAAGCCAUGAAUCCCAGCAGCCAUGGCCAGACCAUUCCUGUUCAGGCAUUUCCUGAAGACAACAGCAUAGAGGACACGCCUUCGAAAUGUUACUGCCGAUUGAAAGCCAUGAUCAUGUGCAAGGGGUGUGGCGCCUUCUGCCAUGAUGACUGCAUUGGCCCCUCCAAACUGUGUGUCUCCUGCCUUGUUGUUCGGUAACAAGACGAGAAAGAACACGCUGUAAAGGAGGUAGAAGGGAAGGGGUGGCAGGCUGUAUUUUUGUGUCCUUUGGAAUCACAGAAAUAAACAAGUAGAUUUCAGUUGUCGAGAGACAAAUGUUACUUAAUCAGGUAUACAGAGUACAGAUCUUACAUUUUAGAGCAAGAGCACCUUUCUAGUAAGUCUAAGUCAACAAGACUUUGUGAAUUUGUGACAAGUUUGCACUUACAAAAUCAUGUAAAUAUGUCACAUUUUGUUUUAACAUUACUUUUCCAAGUGUUUAGGUAAUAAUGUAUUACUUUUAAUUCAAAUUUAUGGUCUACUUCAUGUGACUCCAAGUUUAAUGCCAUGCAUGGUGAAAGGAAGCUUGUCUGCCUUCUGUCCUUUCCUAAGAGGCUGGGAAGAGGAAGGAGUGAACAAAAUGGUCUGGAGAAAUGAUGUUUCAUGCUGAUUAUGUCUUAAUCAUCUGCCUGUAGGUUUUAUGUGGAUUAUUCAGCCUUUCCAGAAUAUGGAUUCAGGGUUUACUAAGUCCCUUUACUUUAGAUGGAAUCUUAAGUUCAAAUUUUUGAUAAGGUAUUCAUUUCACAGCUAGUGCUUCAGACUCUGAAAGCUCUUGACUUGGUUCUUGGCUUCCAUAAGCCAAUACUAUUGCCAAGCACACUGUGUGCAAUUUGUGGGUCCCUGCUGUUCCCUAAUCCCAUUCCCCUGCCCUGAGAUAGUGAAGGUGGUCCAGGAAGAGUGUGCCUCUCUGGCCCCUGGUGUUACCAUAGCCUGGGCAGGGCAACAGUUCCAGCAAUAGCCCAAGUACUUAGUCAUGGGAGCUUACAACAGGUUUGAAAUACUAGUAUAAAAUGAACAGGAAAGUGUUAGUGCUGGGCUAAUGUGAAUUAUGUGUUUUGUUGUGCAAGGGGAGUAAAGGUGUAGAAACGACAAAGAUAUUUGGGGAAGAUUUUUAACAUUAGAAACAAGGUAGCCUCUUUCUUUUCUUCCAACACAUUACCUGAUGUCCCGUAGUCAGCUGUUGCUGCGGUAGAACAGCUCAUGAGGGCCACAUUUGCCCAUUCUGGUAAACCUAUUUUGACCUCCCAGGCAUCUGAGGAGUAUGGAGUAAUAUGUUACUUUGAAGACAUGUAUGCACUCACACAUACAAUAAAAGUCAGACACUUUUCCUGUUUUAGAAAAUAUGUCCCCUGUUUUGGAUUUCUGCUGUCUAUGCACUAGAAGUUUUUAAUGUGAAGGGGCUUCAGUAAAUGGCUAGGGGAACAUCUAGAAAGGGGGGAAAUUACCUCUAAAGCUUUGUUGUUUGUUUUUAUUCUUUUUUGUGUGUCCUUGUUGUGUUUUUAAGCCUGUAUUUAGCAACUAAAGAAUUUUCAAGUACAUAUAUUUAGGUCAUGGUUAAAGAACAUUCAAAUAAGCCGACCAUUUACCAGAAUUUGGUAUUUUAAAAUGGGGUAUUGUCGACGUGCAUCAUUUGCAUAUUGAUUUCAAGUUUUCUAAUUCCAAGUGUGUAAAGUAAAAAUACUAUAACUAGUACAGUUGUAGUUGUACUUAGUAUUCAGGAUGUGGUAUUUAUAACAUGCAGAACAGUGUAUACUUGUUAAUUAAGUCACAUUCCAGAUUAGGAGAAAGUAGCAGUAAUAAUCUUUGCUUUGCUUCCAUUCUGCUACCCAUUCUUCCCCUCCCUCCAUGUUAUACACUCUUAAUAUUUUCAAACUCCCUAAGAGACUCAUUACUUCACUUUUUUGCUUCUGUUUUUUGUGUGGUCCAAGGCAAAUAGAGGACUAAUAUCUGUGUUCUUGUUGCAGCCAAGACAAUAUGUCAUUCUAACUUCCCUUUUUCUUCCAGCACACAUAUAGCUAAGAGAAAUGAAAGCUGCAAGGAUCCAGGGAUAAGGUUUAAAUUCUCCAGCUAAGAACCAGCAACACACAGAAACCGUGGUUCUGUUCCCAAACUCUCAGUACCCUGGGAAAUUCAGGGGGAACUUGAAAAGACCUAAAGCUGGUUAGAACUUCCAUUGCCCAGCUUCUGCACUCCCCACUUGAGUGGCAGACUGAAGGUUGGUCUGCGUGCUGGAAGUUGCUGAGAGUUUAGAACUGACCAAUUAGUUACCAAUUGGGGUUGAUUAAUGUGGCUUUUCUUCUUCGAAACUUUCCUGAAAUAGAAAAUAUCUGCUCUGUGGUUCCUUUAAGCUGAGGAUGGAUAGACUAACCAGGAAAGGAGGAAAGGAUCAGGGAUUUUCAAGUUCAUUUAGAGAGCAAACCAUAUCGUGCCUCUUCAUCUUGACCCACGCUCUUGCAGAUGGUCCUAAAAUUUACUGUUCACAAGAUUUUCUUCAGAAGUAAUACAAUACCCAACUAAUAAAAUACCUGCACUUAUUACUGCCCCUAAAACAGAAAUUGUCAACUAGGUACACUGCCUCAAUAUUGACCAAAAGAGAGAAUAGUUAGGUUUUCUUAGAUUGGUAGUAAACUGAAUACAACCCAUAUAUCAGUUUGUUUGAAAACAGUGGUUUCAAGUUGAAAGCCAUGAACUGAAUAGAGGAGAAAAUUAUGAUCUUGAAACAAGGCAGAAGGAACAAGAAAAUCAUUAAAUUAUUGAAGUGUGGCAUGGCACUCCAGUACCUUUAAAGCAAUUUUUAUUUUAGGUUUUCAGAAUUACUUUACCAUUCAAUUCAACUUAGUAAGUGCUAAGCUUAUUUGUCUGAUAUUAAGUUGCACUGUUUCGAGUGACUAGUCAGGCAUUAUGCCUGAUGCUUAUUAUGCCUCCAGGGUGUGCUUCCGAUACCUCCCACUGCAGGUCACCUUGGGGAGCAAGCACUAACAGUAUGUCAUCUCAGUCUCGCUUAUGAAUAUUGAGUCAUCUAGUAAAGAGGCUCCCGGAGUCUUAAAGAAUUUUGACUAAAAUUCUCUAUCCUAUUAAAUAGAGAAUAAAGCCAAAUAACCUGGCGUUGUUUGCUCUGCUUUUAUUCCUUAACUCCUGUGCUCAAGAUACUAAAGCUAUCUGUGGUAUCCCAUGUAACAUUUUAAAGAAUCAGACCUGACAAAUGUGUAUUUUUACUCGGGGUAGGAGAAGCAUACUUGCAUGGGCUGGGAAGGCACACAGAUGGAGUUGUUUUAGGAAGUUAUCUCAUUUAAAUAAGCCAAAGGAAGACCUCAUUGCCUUCCAGGUGAAGGAUAAAUCAUACAUAUUAAUGACCUGAUAGUCACCAUCCUAAUUGCUUAUUAUUGCCAUUCUCUGCCUUAGAGUCCUUUCAAAAACUCUUGGGUGAAAUGAUUUGUUGUAAUUAGGGGGUCUUCUCUGGUCAUGACACUGCUAUUUAUUUCUAGAACUCACUGUCAGUGAGCAGUGCGAGGAUUGUUCUCUGUAACCUAGAGGUUCGAUUUCACGACAAGGAGGGAGUCUCCCCAUUGCAUUACAGCAAUGUGCUGAGUAAAAACUUGGCCAAGAGUAGUUUUCAGCUCAAUUUAUAGACAAGUCCAAAGAGACUGAGAAACAUGAUGAUGGGCAGAGAUCUUUCCUACCAUGUUUCAAUACCUACAUACCUAUUGAAAGAAAACGAUAGGUAAAAACAUUUCCUAAAGUUGAAGAGCCGCAUAGAUUAUUGGUUACUUUAUUUUUAUUAAUGCUUUACAUUUGAUACAACUAUUAAAGAUCAAUUUUAAAAAUAGCUUUCCAAUAAUAUAUUUUAAGUAAUAUAUAUUUUAAUAUCUAUGUAAAAAAUAACAGUGGAAGACUGAAUUUCUCAUAUAUGGGAUGUGUAAUGUAGGACCUCACUGUUAAGGCACAAUUUCAAAGGAAGUUAUUCUAAAGACAUUCAGAUUAUUUCCAAAAAAAAUGCAAUAAGGGGGUUGGAAUUUAUUUUUUAUUUGAAAGGAAAAUUGACUUAUUUACCACAAGCUAUUUUUUUUUCCUUUUGGCUAUAAGGUUUGUAUAGACUGGUUUGGUAAAAGCUAAACUUUUGUGUCUUUUUGCCUUUUUAAAGGAAUUGUUAACAUUGGAAUUGAGGGUAUGUACAGAAAAGUUGGUGUCAACACCAUUUAAAAAGUCAUAUUUUUUCACAAAUAUAGAAAAAUCAUUUUACAUAAGAACUUUAAGUAUUUGCAAUAAAUAUAUGUAUAUAGAUUGUGUGUAUUCGUAUAUUCUUAUUUUUCAUUUUAUUAACUAAAAGAUAAUUAAAGGGAAAAUGAAGACUGGAGUCUUUGGUGAAUCUCGAGUUCUGACAUGUAUCUGAGUGAUGUGGGCAAGGGCCCUCAGUUGCCUUAUAUUACUAUUGGGAGAGUUCAGAACUAUAGUAAAAACGUUAAAUUCUCUCAAUCUGUCCGUCUAUUUUUACCCUUAAACUGUUCUGUCUCCUGACCACCUCAUGCCAGUAGGAAAGUAAAACAAAAACAAUAAAACCCUAGGUGCAUUCUUUAAAAAAAAAAAAAAUGCUCAUUGUUUGCUUCUAAAACAAAUGGUAAGAAAAUAUCUCCGGGGAAAAUAGGUUUUCCUUUCUCCACACUGGUUAAUAAUUCAUUAGCAAACAUUCACUGCCAACACCUUCCAGGCCUAGGGGUGUGUGAAGAAAUAAUCUCAUGAAGAUAAUAGAACACUUACUGUUUCCCAUUUUUUUCUCUGAGAAAUGAGUUUCAUAGCCAGUUUUAUAUCCCUGUUGAUCUGGAGAGGUAGAAGAGCUAGGUGAACGUGGAUUUUGACCUCCGUAGUGUCAGGAAGGGCAUUUGUGAAAAUGACUGAGCCCACAUGUUAGAAGACAUUAAUUGUCCGUAGUCCCAUACUUCAAGAUAAUCUGGAAUCCUGAUGUGCAAGAGUUGUGGUUACAAAUAUUUAGUUUUAGGAUAUGCUUGAGGAAACCAAGUGAUAACUAGAUAGUCUUUGGAAGUAAAGGUAUGUGGUAUGUAGCCCAUUCUUUUAAAAUGAAUAAUAUAUAGAUUUAUUUGAUAACAUGAAAGAAAAUAAGGUCAGAAUUUCAAGAAUGUAUCUUAAUGACGCAUGAAAUUGACUUUAUCGUGUAGUUCACCCCAAAUUUGCUCAUCUGUGGUUAUUUUCACUGAUAAUAGCAUAUUUUGGAAAUUAAUAGGAUACAUAGAAUGCUUUUUAAAAGACAGCCUUUCUAUUUUUUCAAAAAUUGAAAUUUCAUAUAUUGGGGUUGACUGAUGAUAGUUUAACUGUCAAAAAAAACAGAACUCUAAAUCUUUACUGAAAAUACACCAUUUCUAAAGAAAAUUUCUUAAGUCUCAGGGAACAUCUGCAUCUCCAUAAUUCCCACAUAUGAUAGGAAAGAAGAUGAGAUAUUUAAAUGUGUGUGAGCCAGUCCAUGAUGACCAUUUACAGAGACAUCUCCCCCACCUCAUUUCUAGUACAGAUUCAUCAUUAUUUAAAAGGGCCUCCUACCUCACUGGAAGGAAAACUUGCAUUCAGGUAAUGACAUAGGAGCCUAAAGGUAUAUUUGGUCUGCGGUUGAGUGAGAAAGAGCAAUAUACCAGGACACAGCUUCAACUUGAAUCCUCAACUUUAUUGACAUCGCAGUCUUAGAAACCUGUGUUCAUUGCUUUUGACACUACUUGACUACAAAUGGUCAGAAAUCAGAUUUUGCAUACUGUUUCCAGCUAUUUGUGUACAAAUGUUAGUUGCUAACUCAGAUAUUUAUUGAACCCCUACAUGUACUAAGCACUGCGGAAGUUCUGGUUAUGCACAGGUAAACAAAAGCAGCAAACAAAAUUGUGAAAGAUCUUGCUAAUGUAGUAACCAUACAGCAUAUGUCUAGUGCAGGGCUCACGGAGUAAUAUAUGCUAUGUAUUUCCCAAGACAUGGAAGUUUAAUUGUAAAUGAAUUACGAAAUAGAAGCAUUUGAGACACUGGGCAAAACAGUGGCAAACCAUGAAGAAAAGGCAUCGACCUAGAUGAGACAAUGUGGAAGUCGGGAGCCAUGUUAAUUUACCUGUUUUUGUUUUUGUUUUUGAGAACUUCCAUUGGAAGAUUUAGAGUUGAUAGAAAUUUUAAGAAAUCUCUUAGUAAUAUCUAAAUUGAUGAAAUAAUCGGGCCAAAAGCAAUUCCUUUCAAUUAAUUUCUGUCAGUAUAUCAGUAAAGAUGCUUUAGCUUGUGUUUAAUGAAACCUUCCGAAUAACAAGUGGGUAAAUAACCCAAAAGAAGCUAACGGGAAUAAAAAAAAAUCAUACCUUGAUCUUCAUCUGGUAGCCUGGUGAGAAAGCAGUGUAUCUCUGAAGACAUGUUGCACCCCCUUUUUUUUUCCUCAAUAGAUAUAGUGUUCUUUUUUAUUCUAAUAUUGUAGAAUUGGCUUUCCCCCCUUCUAUAAGUUACAAAACUUGAAUUAAAAGAGGCUUCAGCAGAACCCUAGCCCUUUUUAGUGGCCAAAAUCCUAAUUCUUUAAGGUUUUCUGGUAGAAGGCUUCAAAAGGAUGCCAUUGUAUCUUAUCAGUGCUUAUUGGAUUUUCCUUACCUUUUGUCUUUAACCUGUGUUACUGGAUGGGCAACUUGAAUCCUGUAUGCCAAAAACAUCCAUAUUUACCUUUAGUCCAAGAGGUAUUCGGUGUAUUCCACGAUGUAAGGUAUGUAGUCUCAUCUCUGUCCAGGAAGUAGGAGGGUGGAUAUCCUGUAUUUUCCUAGUACUUGGUGACCUUAAACUGAAGAUUGGGCUUCUUUCAUAGAGACUAUAAAACUAAGGAAUCUCUAUACCUCCAUGUAGCUUUCAGUUUCAACCUAAAAAGGGAGUCUCCUAGAAAGAUUUCCUUUUAACAGGAAGGACAGACACUGAAGAGAGCCAGAGAGGAUCAGCUGUGGAGAGGGGCUGUGAGUAGAUAGUGGGCUCUCCCGUAGAGUAACUUUAAACUCAAGUUUUUUUGGUUCUUCAAACUCAAAAGGAGUUUUAGGAUAUUUAAAAACAUCUGAUUUUCAUCUUGACUGCAAGCCUUGAGGAUGCCUAGGGAAGAAGAAAGGUAAACCCAAGAUUGGAUUUAAGUAAACUUUAAAUUAUUGUUGUUUUAAAGUUUUGGGUUCUUAUAAGAUAAUGAAUUGCCAUGAGUGGAACAUGGAAUUUGGAGGCAUUUUGUGGAUUUUCAAUUGAAUUGUGGUGGCAGCUUUAAGCCUCUGAUCACGAUUUAGGGUUGUGCACCAGGGUCUGUUAACUGAUCCAGACGUUGGCUCAUAAGUAGUAUUAAACCAAUUUCUGUCAACACUUAAUUUUAUUAAUUUUAAUCAUGGGCCCUCUAUUUAAAUAUUUAAAAUUCAGAUUCGCCAAAUGAGAAAACAAUGCAUUUAAUGUUAUCAACAUAUAUGAAGAUACUUUAGAACUAUUAUUUCACACCCAGCCUAUGCUCUUCCUAGGGAAAUUGUGGUUCAUAAAAUUUUAUGUUUCUUGGAUCAGUUUUCUUCUUUUUUCAAAAACCAGAGUCUAAUGUUUUCAGAGACCUAGAGCUUAGGAAUGAUGAAGUUGGACUUUGACCCCAAGUCAUCAAUUUUUUUUUCACUUUAGGUUUUUAGGCAGUGGCAAUUUGAAGACUUUAGUAGUGACCUUAGCUAAACCUCCAUGUAAUCACUAUACCUGCUUUAAAUUAAUGGAAUUCUUCCUGAGUCUCAAAUUUGGUUUCCCUUUUGUUGCAUAAGGAGAUGGAUUCUGAGCUGGGAAGAACCUGGUCAUUUGAUCUCUGAUAAUAAACUACUGUUGGAAGGGCAACUUUGUUCUUAGAGAUUUCACGAAAUGGAGUCCAUGAAAGAUCUAGAGUACAUGACAAAUGACUCUAGAACUUAACACCUUUUUUCUUAGCCAUAAGUGCUAUGAUCUAUUCUUUAAAAACCCAUCUUAAUUCUGUUGUUCACUAUAUCACACCUGAAGACUUUCACCAGCACCAAGAGAAGUUAGAAUGGAAGAAUGACCUUAAGUUAGUCUUGUUCACUUUAAAAUCUUGGUGCACAGAGGCCUUAGCACUUUGACACAUAAAACUGCCUUUUAGCUCCUCACUGUCAUCUUUAUUCCUCUCAUUUUUAGACUUCCUUUCAUUGGUUGUAUAAAACUACCUUCUUCAGAAUUGAAUGUAUAAUAAUAUUUCUGUACAUGGAUGAACUGUAUUUUAUCUUAAUGACUCAUUUAUGUUGAAUAAAGGCAUACAGUUUUACUCUA